AGCGUAGCUUUAUCUAUAUGACAUUCUAGUUUGUGGGAUCAGUUAACGUUCAGAUGAUGACUUCCUUUCCUGCGGUGAAAUAACCAUUCUUUGUUGCGAGGGUUCUUUGCCUUGAGUCACUUGAAUUAAAUCCAAUUGUUGUAACAAGUCAAUUAAACUACAUGUACGUAGUUCAUUAAAGUGUGAAAGACGGAAAAACCUCUUAAGAUCAUUCCGUUUUGACACUUGACGCACAUUUGACAAAACGGCGAUCCUUCGUCAGGCCCAUGCAGGUCUGCAUUGACUACAUCUUUACAAGUACUUGAUUUAAAGUGACUAUCAAAUUUUGUGGAUAACAAGAUUUCUGAAUCAUUCGUAGCCGUGUUCAGGUCAAAGCCAAUGGGGUCGUUUAGGAAACUGUUCAUCUGGUCGGGACCAAGUCUUUGGAUAUUAUCCUUCAUCGUUGUUCUGUCAGCCAUCAUAGAGACCUCUGACGCUCAGAUUCAUGGGCGCAAUGGACCUUUUGAUCGUGUGACCCGUCUCCUACAAAGACAACAGGAUUCAAAGAGAGGUCCUAGUUUGGACUUAGAGCAGACCCAGCUAAUGAUAGAUACAUUAUUACAGAGGGUUGACUGCUAUAGCUCAACCAAUCCUGAAGUAUGUGAUUGGUGCAUACCAGCGGAGACGCUCUUCCGGAUAGUAGGGGUAGAUACAAGAGACGGUUACCUGAGCGAAGCAACAUUUGGUCCAGCUAGCCUGGUCAUCCUGUACUACAUCCAUGCACCAGAGGCGACAUGUACACUUGGACCUUCUACCGUUGGAACCAACGAUUCCUUCUCGUACAGAGAUUACCUUCUUGCACUGAGCGGUCUCAACUCGACGGGCUCCACUCCUAAACUCGGUUCUCGGAUAUCAUUCGGAAACGGAGCCAUGUUCUCGGAGGAAAAGUUGGAGCUACUUCUGAAGAGCAUCAAUAAGACUUAUAUACCAACAUCUUCUUUUCAGUGUUUUGAGGCUCACACACUGAUCAAAGCUGCCAGCAUCCCCGACGAACAUGAUAUCGCUCAGUCAGGUUUGGAGAUCUUAGCUGCCCACUUAGUUAGUUCCCUACUCCAUGGACACUGUAUUGGCGAGGGUCUUCUUGUCCCUCCUUCCUACUUUUCGGAUUACAUCUUCGACGAGUUUGGUAGCAACCAUAUCAUACGAGAGGCAGGACUUCAGCGUCUGCUUGGCAUUCUCGAUCUCGGUUUUGUUCUGACCGACCAAUCAGCAGAAGGUGGACAUCACGGCCAUGACCACGGUCACGACCACCAUGACCAUGACCACGCCAACAGUGGUCCUACCUUCGGCCGGGGAUCCACGACUGGCCAAGGACAGGGAACAGGACACGACCAUGGGCACGACCAUGGGCACGACCACGGGCACGACCAUGGGCACGGACCUGGCGGUCACGGGCCUACGAAUAAAACAACGGCGGUAACACCGACACUGGAUCCACAUGCCGGGCAUGGUGCUCAUGGUCACCACGACCACCAUGGACAUGGUCAUGGACCACCGCAUCAUUUCGGGUUUCUGCUGGAAAGAAACCUUAUCAAUGACCACCGAACCAAAAGAAGAGCAACACAUCUCAAUUCCCCAGGACACGAACAUCACGCAGAAAAUGACACCUUUCAGCAGUGUUAUUCUGGUGAUCAACUCUUGGAUAUAUUUGGUAUCAACGAGGCCCUGGGGAUCUCAGAGAGGCAGUUCAGUGAACUCUGUCCAGCUAUCUUACAUCAAAUCAUCACGGACGCUUGUAACCCCGACAGGCAUACUGAUGUGCGUCCUGUAGGGCCUUUGUCUACUGCGGAAGUGUAUGGUUAUGGAACGCUAGCGGUAUUCAUCAUCACGGCAUCAUCAAUAUUAGCCGUUCUUAUUCUACCCUGUCUCAGUGACCCGGUUCAACAAUACGUCAUACAUGCCUUUGUGGCCCUCUCCAUCAGUACUAUGUCGGGAGAUGCACUCAUGCAUCUUAUUCCACAGGCCAUUGGUCUUCACAGUCACGGUAACGAUGACGAACAUGAACAUCAUGCUCCAGAUGGUAGUCACGAUCACAGCGUGAUGUUGGUUGAGGUCGAUAUGAUGAAUAUCAUGUACAAAAUGGCGACGGUUCUGGGGGCUAUUUACUUCUUCUUUCUCUUUGAAUCCUUGAUGAAUGUCUUGUUUAGCAGAAAGAAAAGUGAAGAUGCGGAGACAAGAAGAUGUUCAAGAUUAGUAGAAGAUUGCGAUGAGAAGACAUCAGUAUUCAACCAACAAUCAGAGCAAGUGUGGCUGAAUGAUACAGACAAUGGCAUUCCCAAUCUUCCCGAACCUAGCACUUUAACGCCAUUAUCGAUUAACAUGAAUGGCAAUAAUGACGCGGAAGAUCGAGGUUUUGAGAGUCUCGUUCAAGAACAAAAGGAUGAAGAUGACAGAUCGUUUUUGAUGAGAGGAUUAACACCUGUUUCGAUCAUGGUGCUGUUAGGGGAUGCCUUACACAACGUGAUGGAUGGUUUAGUGUUAGGAGCGGCUUUCACGUCCAAUAUAUUUGUUGGAAUAUCGACGAGUAUUGCUAUAUUAUGCCACGAAAUACCACAUGAGCUCGGUGACUUUGGUGUUUUAAUAGAGAAUGGAAUGAGCAACAAACGAGCGGUGUUCUGGAACUUCGCCAGCGGUUGUUCAGCCUUCGCAGGUUUAUAUCUAGGUAUAAUUAUUGGGACGAGAGAGGGCGCCCAACAGUGGCUUUUCGCAAUCACCGCUGGCUUUUUUCUAUAUAUUUCAAUGGUUGAUUUGUUUGGUGGAAUGUUACGGAAAGGUGAUCACGGUCAUGGUCACUCUCACGGAUCAUCGUCGACUUCGUUGAAGAGAUCACCAGCGAUGAGUAAUAGACAUAGCUGGCUACAAGAGAUGGCGCUCAACGAAAAAUCAGAAAAGAGAUCCAAGCUGGCGGUUUUUAUCUGUCAAAAUAUCGGCUUAUUGGUUGGCUGGGCCCUCAUGUUUCUACUCUCAUACUACGAGGAAGACCUGCUGCAUUUGAAUAUAUUCAACCGUUGAGGAAGGUCACGUCCCCAUGCACUCCAUCUUUCAAUGACGUAAUCCUUCUUUCAGGAAACCCCAGACGAUUAUGUUCGAUGGAAGUAUCGAUUGAAGCGCUGCCUUUUUUAUCAAAUUUCCUUCUCCAUAUUUUUGGAACUGUUUAUCGGUAUUUUGUUGUUUUUAUUCAUUUUAAAUAGAAUACGUGGCUGGCGGGUUGAAAGAAGUAUUUGCUGAAUGUAUAUUUUUCGAAACGUGUGUGUGAUACAUAUUAUUCUUUACUCACUCAUAGCAUGUUUCUUACUACUGGAAUAAAGAUGGAACUUUGUGUCUUGUAUUCUGAGCAAAGAGACGUAUUCAUAAUUUCCUGGAGACCAGGAUGAAAUGCUUUAUUUUCUUUAUGUUUAUUUUUAAGAUAUACGAUAAAAAUCGAAUAAUUGUAGUUGUUGGAAAGGAAAAUGAACGAAAUUGAAUUGAAUGAAAUGAAAAAUUUAUAUGAGCUCUUAAACUACAGCAGAUAAGUUUAUAUAUUAAACUAGGCCGUGCAAAGUGCAUACAGGUUGUUUAAGUUAGUUUUGACUGUGUGAAAAGACAAUAAAAUUUCAAAACACGAUAUUAUAACCAAUUCUAUCAUCUUGUCAAUAUACUUGUUUUGAAUCUCAGAUGUAGGAAUAGUCCAUUAACAGAAAAAAGUGUAUAAAUGAAUGCAAACAACACAGUUACUUGCUAUGGAAGUCCGAAACUAGGAAGCUUUGAGAAAAUACCCAAAGCUACAACCUAUCUUUCAUUAAUUAUAAUGUAUGUUCGACAAGGCAUAUAAAGAUGAAGAAAUACAGCAAUUUUAGUCACGUUCAGGGUGUAAAUGUAAGAAGGUCCCAAAGUUAAACCGAUAUUUCCGAGGUGAAAUUUAUCUCCACUUUCACACAUCUGCUUUAUAACUGCAGCUGUUUUCUUUUUUUUUUCUUGAGUUUCACAAAAUCAUAAGCUCUCUGCACGUCCUGUAGUAACCGAAAGUUGAAAGGGAUAUCGAUAAGUGAAUGUUUGAAAGCCAAAAGAAUAGCCAUCAUCCUCUGUCUUGUUCUGUUGUGUCUUUCAGUCCGGUUUCGAAAUUGCUUAUCGAGAAUUUCACGACUCGUCUUUUCUUUCAGAUAUUUCCUAAAACUGGUGCCCGUUUCAUAAAGGACUUGCAACUGUUGUGACUUUGUCAUAAUGGCAACUACCAUGGUAACGGGGCUCAUGAGCA